UAUACCACUCGAGCGGAUAUACAGCAAUAGAAUAAGAAUGGCGUUGCUUGUAAAGUCUACGAUAGAUUUAUUUCAAAAAAUGAAUAAAAAUGCAGAUCCAAGAACUAUUGAUUUACCGUUGAUCAAAUCCCCGGUUCCCACAUUAUUUCUGACCGUUCUUUAUUUACUCUUCGUUCUGGAAGUUGGCGUGUCGUGGAUGAAGGACAAAAAACCGUACAAACUGAGUACGGUUUUAAAAAUUUAUAACAUCGUUCAAGUUUGCCUUUCCAGUUACAUUUUCAUCAAAUGUUUUCCGGGUAUUCUGAAAUUGAAUUUGUAUUGUGGGAAUCUGGAUUACGGCUGUCGCUCUGAAGAUGAUCUGAACUUCAUCCACUUGACUUGGCUGUACUUCAUGAACAAAUUUAUUGAUCUUUUUGAUACAGUUUUCUUCGUGCUGAGGAAGAAGGAGAAGCAAAAAACGUUUUUGCACAUUUAUCAUCAUUUCUUUGCCGUCUGGAUGGGAUACAUCUCUAUCAAGUAUUUAGCCGGUGGCACCACCAUGUUCUUGAUUUGCGCCAACUCCUUCGUCCACUUCCUCAUGUACAGUUACUACUUCUUCUCCGUGCAAAUGAAGAUCGAAAGCACGAAGUUCAAGAAAUUUAUUACGCACCUGCAAAUGAUCCAAUUCGUUUUCUUGGCCAUUGUUUUCGCUUCGACCUUGAUGACGAACGGCUGCAAUUAUCCGAAGAUUCCUAGUUUAUUGAUGACACUUCAACUGCUCACCAUGAUUGUAAUGUUUAGUGAUUUUUACAGAAGAUCAACUGAAAAUCCAUACAAGUCGGUGGUUAUCAUGGCGCUGCUCCUGAAAAGUGCUGUAGACUCUCUGCGCUACGUCUUGAUCGAGAUGAAAGAUCCGAAAACGUCGAAAUAUAUUUUAACGAAUUCGCCGAUUCCCACCGUCUUCAUAGUUGUGAUGUACUUGUUGUUCGUAUUGGAGUUAGGACCGAAGUAUAUGGCCAAGAGGAAACCGAUGCAAAUAGAUAGGAUAGUGCAGAUCUACAAUUUGGUGCAGGUUUUCUUAUGCUUGUUUAUAGCGUACGGGGCGAUAGAUCUUAUAUUGAGUUUCGAUAUGCUGUGUCAACCGAUCAGUUACGAGGACACCGUUACCAGUCAUAGGGAAUUCGAUAUGUGCUAUUACUAUUGGGUCAUCAAAUUUUUAGAUAUGUUCGACACGGUAUUCUUCGUGCUGAGGAAGAAAAACAAUCAAGUCACAUUCCUUCACGUGUAUCAUCACGUGAUGAUGGUAGGUAGCGGAUGGAUUUACACGACUAACUUUGCAGGUGGCCACGUAAUGUUGGUCGGCUUUCUGAACACUUUAAUUCACAUCUUGAUGUACUCGUACUAUUUCUUGACUUCGGCUAAGAUUUUGGACAGGAACAGCAGUGUGAAGAAGUACAUGACUAUACUGCAAUUAAUUCAGUUCGUGUUCAUCUUCGUCUCGUUCAACAUCGCCUUCUACAUCGGAUGUUACAAUAGGAUAGCCAUAUUCUUCGUCAUCCUUCAAUCCAUCAUGAUGAUAGUGCUCUUCUCGAACUUUUACUACAAAUGUUACAUUGCUCCAUCAAAAAAGACCCAAUAAAGAAUACUUGUUAAUAUCGCA